GGACUGUUGUCACUUGGAAGUGCCUCCCUCAGUUAAACUUCAUCUAGGAGGCUCGCGUUGGCUUGAUGUCGUCUAAAGAGGCAGACAGAAUUAGUGCUGCUCAGCAGACCCUUGACACCCUCUAUGAGAUCUCGCAGCUGCUUAACACGCAACUUGAUAAGGACACACUUGCGACAUGCGUGGGUAUGAUAGAGAGUGGCGUCAACCCAGAGGCCCUUGCAGCUGUUAUCCAGGAGCUGCGCCGUGAAGCCGCUGCUGUACAGAAUUCACAGUCGGAUGGGCGGUGAACCGAUAAGUAGCAUGGCGGUGAUGCAAAUUUCUCAUCCGUUCGACGGCCGUCGGGUCCGAGUGCAUGCGGAUUUGCUUCAGGUCCUUUUCUUAUCUUGGUUGAACAACGUUCAGGCAGGCAGUCCUCACUGUGCCACCUAACCUACCCUUUGAGGAGACCAGGCUUCAUUUGUAACUUGGUUUGUUCUGAAUGUAGUUAUUACCAGUAGGACAUUUGUAGACUUGGAACGCAUCCGAGCCAGUUUGAACUCAGUUUGAUGGCAUGCCGUAGUUGCCGCGCCGGUUCGGUUGAUC